AUGACUGGUCCAAACCUUGUCUCUCUGGCGUUUGUGAAUAUGUGGGGGUCCAAAAAUGACAUUGGAGAUAUUACAACAGCAGCUGGUUGGGAAAUUAUUGAUUGCUCUCCUGAAGCUCUGGAUCAAGAUAUUCGAAUUGUAUGCAAGGAGGACAGCUCAGUUGAUUGCUCUCGUCUUUUCAACAGUGGAGCCGAGGGAAAGAUUGUUCGUUUGCCCGAAAAUUGUGGUCGCAGUGCUUUCGCCGUUGUAACAGAUUCUUGGGUCUCGGAGGAUCAAUCUAUUCCUCCAAACCUCGCUGCCUCCCUUUCUCGUCGCGAUGGGUCUGCAUCGCAAGUGAAGGCCCUUCGGCUUACUACCAAAUUCGAUUCUGUGGAUGUGUCAAAAAGGAAGAACAGGGCUGUCAAUUUUGCUAUUCAAGCUGCAAAUUUCCCCGGUGCUGCCGGAAAUGUUCAAGUUGAUACAUCCAGACCCCGUAGACCAAGUCGUAUCGCCCAACGCGGUUUUUCGGAUUUCAUAACAAAUACACUCGGAUCUAUCGCGUCGCUGAACAACUUCAACGUCGACAAAUCGACGGCACUCGACCCAAUCAGUGUCAACAAGACCUUCAACUUGAUUGACCAGAAAGUAUCGUGUCCUCCAGUAGAUGCAAGCCUUAAGAUCGACGUCACCACCGAUGCGCAAGCUAACAUCACCAUCGGUAUUGCUGCUAGUGGCAUCUUCGUUCCCCCUGUGAUCCAAGAAUUUGCUAUUAUUACUAGUAUGUCUGCUGAAUUGAAUGGCUCCGUCGACGUCGCCGCUGGAGUUACCGGCACUCUAGAUUCUGGAAAAAUCAACCUCCUGACUGUUCCUAUUGGCGGCAUUGAUUUCCCUGGUAUUCUUACGAUUGGCCCAACCUUUGAAGUCAACGCACAGGCAAUUGCCAAACUGGAUGUUGAUCUAGGCCUGACGGUUGGCGUCAAUUAUAAGGUUGAUAAUGCCCAGCUCGUCUUCCCUCCCAACAGCAACAGGCCAUCUGGUGGAUCGUUUAAUGCUGGAAAUACACCCCUCAAACUAUCUGCAAGCCCUAAUGCUAAAGCUACUGGCACCCUUGAAGCCCAUCUCAUUCCCAGCCUCAACCUCGGCCUAUCGGCUCUCAACGAUGUCGCCAAAGCAAGCAUUUUCGUUGAAUUGGAUGGUAGUGCGUCGUUGACGCUUGGACUGGAAGCAGCUGCUGAGGAUAUCCCGAUUCUCAACGUUUCUUCGCCAGCGGAAAAGUCGAAGAAGGGUAUCAUGCAAAUUCGUGGGGCCACUCAACCUGGUCACUACUUUUGGAGCCCACCGUUGAUGCCAGACGAAAAGGUUUCUAGUACGAUUGUGGACGAGAAGGUGCCCUCAACCAGAACGAUGAUGGAAGGUCCAUCUGUGGUCACGGUAACUGUUACAGAGAAGGCUGGACACUGGACGACUCCCUCAGCUACGCCAACGACCUGGGACCAAAAGCAUCCCGCGGCGACCACAAUUAUAUUAAACGGUACACCAUCUGGAUAUUCGACGAGUGCCUCAGCCACCCCUGGUACGAUAUGGGGAGGAAAUCUUCCUUCUCCAUAUUCGAGUUCAAGUAGGGGCUUGGAACUUGAGACGACCUCCAAACUCAUGAAGGCCACUGCCACCGGUACAAACACAGCAUCUGCUCCAGCAUCUACUGCGACUGGUGGUACAGAAGGAUCCGGCUCUUUCUCAGGAUGCGUCGAAAUAGGUGCAGGGCUGGACGUGAACGCCGGUGCUGACGCCAAUUUUUUUGAACUUUUCAACACGGGAACCAAGGUGUCGUUGUUCAGCAAGAAGUUCGAGCUUUUCAAGGUCAGUUACGAUUCUUCUCGCUACGAGGCGAGAGGCGUGGUGGCCACCCGGGACAUUGUUAGCGAUCUCCUCUGUCCUGCUGCUGAUACAACUGCUGCGCAGACCAUUGUCGAUCAAAUUAUAGCAGCUGCCGACAUCAAAGCAGUUUGA